CUACAUAGUUACAGUUUUAGUCAAUAGGCUGAUAUUAGAAUUAAAAGCUGCUCCGGGAAGGUUUAGGAAAUAGGAAUGUGUUACUCAUUUCAGACAGGUUAAGAAAGUCCCUUCAUUUUCCAAUGCAUUGGAAAAUGUAUGUCAGAGGAUAUUUCAAUGGUCUUUACUCUGUUUUUUGGGGAGGGGUGGGAGGAAUGCCCUGACUCAGGCCAACGUCCUCAGACACAUUUGCCUCUGAUGUACCCCCCACGACGACACUGGAUCCUAGCRACUGUAUGACAUACUGGUGAUGAAGAAGGUGUUCUACCCAACAUAGAAUGAUGCAGCUUGAUUCAUUCAGUGCUACCAAUUGAACCUGUAACUAAAAUUGAAAAGUGCAUUUGUUACUGUUUUCUCUGUUGAACUAGUAUGAUAUCUAUAUUGCUUAUGUAUCUGAAAGAUAAACUAGUCUUACUAUGUACAGGGUUGGGUAGGUUACUUUCUAAAUGCAAUCCGUUACAAUUACUAGUUACUGGUCCAAAAUUGUAAUCGGUAAUAUAACUUUGGGAUUACCCAACCUCAGUAACGUAAUCAGAAUACUUUUAGAUUACUUUCCCCUUAAGAGGCAUUAAAAUAAGUCAAAAAGGAUCCAUCAAAUGAAUUUGUUGUAUCGUUAUAGUGGUUUCUGAUUUGUGCCCAGACUCGCUCAGAUGGAGCAAACUUAAACUUGCACCUUUUUUCAUUGCUGAAAWGAAUGUCAUUGAGAAAACAGAAAGGCGUCAUCAAUUAUUUUUAUUGCAAACAUCCUUUCUAAAUUCAGUAGUAAUCCAAGAAGCAAUAAUCUAGUUUUUCAAAAGUAUCUGUAAUCUGAUUACAAUAUUUUAGCUGGUAAUGUAAUUCAUUACAGUUGCAGUUUUUUUAAUAUUCAGAUUACAUGUGAAUCAGUUAUUCCCCAACCCUGAUAUGUAUUUCACUGCCUUUUCCGAACAUAUACAAUUUGAUUUCCGUUGGCCUGAGCUUUGACCAACAUGUGGGAAGCAAGAGGGAAGAAUUUAGUAAAGUGUUUUUCAGUAGCCCCACAAUUUCCAGCGUCUCUCUCAUUAUCGCAGUGUGUCUGCAAAUGUUUACAGAAUCUUCAUUAACUUCAAGCCCUCUAACGAUAACAAAGCCUCAAACAAGACAUCAAUGGUCGAGAUAAGAAUGGCCGUGCUACUAUUUUGGUUGACAUGAGGCUACUGUUUACUCUGGAGCAUGGGAGCGGACCCCCAGAACCAUAGCCCUAGCGUAGAAGAAUCUCAAUUUCAACAGAUUGUCACCCAAAGUCAGUUUUAAAUACAUAGUGGGAACUGGGAAGGUAAAGCGUGUCGAUUGGGAAGGAUCUGAUCCGAAGAUGCGGUGCUCAAGGCGUUUCCUCUUCCAGAUGUGUCUGAGUUUGCUGGUGUCCACGGGCUCCUGUCGGUGCAAGCCACUGAACGAUGUCCUCCAAAGUGAAGAUCGCGGGGGCUUCCCUGAGACUUCUGAGCAGGACCUAGUCGAAGAGGAGGACAGGUUACACAGCUUUCUGGGAACCAUGAAGGAAGAGUUUCUGAGGAAACUCAAUUUAUCCGAUGUCCCACAGGAGCACGGCAAGAUUUACCCGCCGCCGUUCAUGAUUGAACUGUACAACAAGUAUGCCUCCGACGCGUCCUCGAUGCCUCGUUCUGAUGUAAUUCGCAGCUUCACCGUUCAAGAUGUCAGUCACUCUGAAAAAAAUGGCACCAAGUCAAAACACAGACUUCUGUUCAAUGUAACUGUCCCAAAUCACGAAGAGGUCACCAUGGCAGAACUCAGGCUGUUCACCCUGCUGGAUAACAGGACAACCUCAACCUCUACCAAUGGGAUCGGGGCUUCCAUAAAGGUCUAUGAAGUGGAGUAUAAAGGGAACAAGGCCAUUGUCCACCUUGUGGAUGGGAAAGAGGUCAUUGGGACCCAUCACUCUUGGGAAACRUUUGAAGUGACCACUGCCAUCCAGAGUUGGGUCAAGUCGGACCGCGGGGCCAGUGAGUUUGAAGUGGUGGUCGACAGGUGGGACUGUGGGCCUUUCAAAGGCGGAGGUUUGGACGUGAGCGUGGGUGUGGGUGUGAGGGAUAACACGGCAGCUGCUUUGAUCGUCUUCUCUGACGACCUGGGGAGCAGGAAGAGAGAGGCCAAGAAGGAACUGAGGGAGAUGAUAGUUCAUGAGGAAGAGACACUCUUCUCAGGGACCGACUACAAUGAGAUCCCCUUGGACUUACACCCCAGGCGGAAGAGGCAGGCGGACACCAACUACUGCCGACGGACCUCCAUGCGAGUCAACUUCAAAGAUAUCGGCUGGGACCAGUGGAUCGUAGCGCCCCCUGAGUAUGACGCCUUUGAGUGUAGAGGCGUGUGUUACUACCCCCUGACUGACGACAUGACCCCUUCCAAACACGCUCUCAUCCAAACCCUGGUCAAUCUCAAGAACCCCAAAAAAGCCAACAUGGCGUGUUGUGUUCCCACAAAACUGGACCCCAUCACGGUCAUGUACCAGGAGAAUGGUGUCAUCACUAUACGACACCCGUACGAGGAGAUGAAGGUGGCAGAGUGUGGAUGUAGGUAGUGAGAGGUAACAGCCAUGGUGGUCCCCUUUAACCCUUACUGUAAAUCUGUACAGUUCUGUUGUAAGAUGCAUUUGAGUUAUUUUAUUGAGUAUAUGUUCAGCAAAUGCACAGUCUGUCUAGAAUAGCAAUAAAGCCUAUGAUACAAUAUUUAUAAAUUAUUUCUGAGCGUUAUCAUUAUUAUUAUUAGGGUUUUAGAAAAAAAUAUAGAUCAUAAAUUGGAUCUACAGAUGUAGGAUCUUAAUUAGGGGCGCAUGCAAAGCAAUACACAACUCUAGAUUUCUUACAUAUUAUUAUUAUUAUUUAAUUUAUUCUGUUCUCUCAGACGCUUAAACAACUUAAGCUAGUAACACGAAACCAACGUCCCAAUGUGCAGACUGCCCCAACAGACCGGCCACCAUUAGCAUAAAAUAACUCACCAACAGUAACUCUUGAAACGUUCAAGCUGGAGACACCAAACCAACAUUCACAUUUCCAGACUAUUCUAAUUUCAGAUUCUUUCAAACUUGAAUCAACUAGAACGAUAAACAUUUGCAUAAAUUAGCAUAAAAUAACUCACCAACAGUAACUCUUGAACAGUACAAGUUAGAGACACUAAACCAACUGUCACAUGUUCAGGCUAUUGUAACUUCACAUUCUUUCAAAUCGUAAUCAAGUAUAACUAUAUAAAUGUGCAUACGUUUGCAUAAAAUAACCCACUGACAGUAACUCUUGAACCAUUUCAUCUAGAGGCACCAAACCAACGUCCACAUGUUUGGGCUAUCCUAAUUUCAGAUACUUAAAAACUUGUAUCAAUUAUAACUAUAUAAAUGUGCAUUCAUUUGCAUAAAAUAACUCACCAACAGUAACUCUUGAACCGUUCAAGCUAGAGACACCAAAACAACUUUCUCAUGUUCAGUCUAUCCUAACUUUAAAUUCAGAAAAUCUUGUAUAAACUAUAAAUAUAAACAUUUGCAUAAAAUAGCAUAAAAUAAUCAACCAACAGUAACUCUUCAGCCAUUCAAGCUAGAGACACUAAACCUACUUUCAAAUGUUAAGGCUAUCCUAACUUCAAAUUCUUUAACACAUUUAUCAACUAUGACUGAAUAAAUGUGCAUAAAAUAACUCCCCAACAGUAAGUCUUAAACUGUUCAAGCUAUAAAUACCGAAGCAACAUUUAGAUGGUCAGGCUAUCCUAACUUGCAAAACUUUCAUAACGAUAAAUAUGUGCGCACAUUUGCAUAAAAUAACUCACCAAAAGUAACUCCUCAACUGUUCAAGCUAUAGGCACCAAACAAACAUUCACAUGUUCAGGCUAUCCUAACWUCAAUUAUUUAUUUAUUUUUUAACUAUAACUAUGUACAUUUGCAUACAUUUACAUAAAAUAACCUACCAACAGUAACUCUUGAACUGUUCAAGCUAGAGACACCAAACGAACGUUCACAUGUUCACGCUAUCGUAUCAAUCAAUCAAUCCUUCACCAGCUAGCAUGCACAUCACAUUUUCUUCAGGAAAUGCACUUUUCUAGUUUGAUCAUUCUUUUGUUGCUGAGGAUUUUCCUGCACGGCAGGAAAUGCAAACUUGGAGUGUAUUUGAGUUUUUAAAAGGAUUCUAAAGAUUGUAAUUUCCUCUUUGACAUUUCAGACUUCAUUUGCCCGAAUGAAAAAUGUAGCAAUAAUUAUAAUAUAAUCCACAUAAUAAUUCACAUUUCUUGUUGCUGCAGYAUUAUUUUCCUGCUCUAGCAAACUGGCUCAAAUUAAGAUCCUACAUCUGUAUUAAGUCUGUGUGAAUCUAUAGUUUGAUAUCUAUAACAAAAUUAUCAUGAUAUCUAAAGAGUUUGUACAUAGUGUUGUUUAUUUAUCAGUUGGCUAUGAGGACUAUCUUGCUCUACAAGMUUUAUGGAAUUAGAUUUUGAAGUAUUUUUAUAGCAGGGAAUUUCUGAUUAUGACUUCUAAAUUAUUGCUUUGAAUUAAAUAUGGAUUGUUCUCAUUAGUUUCAUAUUAGAGUCAGAGAUUGUGGAUUAUAGGUAAAGGUUGCACUAUUACAUAACAGUGCAUUUCGGUGCUGCAGUUGUACUAUAUGAAUAUUCAAUGUGCAUUUAUAAAGUUCAACUUUUGGGGAAGUUCUUCAUUGAAUAAUGUGUAAAGAGCGCACUCUACAGGUGAACAAUAAACAGUUGU